AUGAGGCUGUCCGCGGCGCUUGUCGCGCUCUCCGCCGCCGUCGCCCAUGCCGGCUUCGGUCUCAACUUCGGGGGCAGUCAGGUCACCGUGAACGAGGACCUCAAGAUCCCCGGUGACUCGCCCCUCGAGCUGUGCCCAAAGGCACACGACGAGGACAUCAUCACCAUCGACAAGGUCGACCUGGUUCCAAACCCCCCAAAGGCUGGACAAGACCUCGUCAUCAAGGCCUCCGGCACAGUCUCCGAGCCCAUCGAGGAGGGCGCCUACGUCGCUCUGCAAGUCAAGUACGGCCUGAUCCGUCUUAUCAGCACCAAGGCCGACCUCUGCGAGCAGGUCAAGAACGUCGAUCUCGAGUGCCCGAUCGACUCGGGCGACCUCACCCUGACCAAGACCGUCGAGCUGCCAAAGGAGAUCCCUAACGGCAAAUACACUGUUCUCGCCGAUGUGUACACCAAGGAUGACAAGCCCAUCACUUGUCUGACCGCCACCGUCGUCUUCAGCUCCGACAAGGCUGCUGAGAUCGAGCUGUAG